AAAACGCGGACCUCUCUUCCCCACGCCGGGGAUCGGCUGGGGCUGCCGCCAGACAAGUUCGCCCUAGGACGGGCGCUGCGGGCCGAGAUGCUCCUCCGGGACCUGGUGCUGCGCCGCGGCUGCUGCUGGCCCUCGCUGCUGCUGCACUGCGCUCUUCACCCGCUCUGGGGCUUCGUGCAGGUGACGCACGGGGAACCCCAGAAGUCCUGCUCCAAGGUGACCGACAGCUGCCGACACGUCUGCCAGUGCCGGCCUCCACCCCCGCUGCCCCCACCACCCCCGCCCCCGCCACCUCCCAGGCUGCUCUCCGCCCCAGCUCCCAACUCUACCUCUUGCCCUGCUGAGGAAAGCUGGUGGUCAGGGCUGGUGAUCAUCAUUGCCGUAUGUUGUGCCUCCCUGGUGUUUCUGACUGUACUUGUUAUCAUUUGUUACAAAGCCAUAAAAAGGAAACCACUGAGAAAAGAUGAAAAUGGCACCAGUGUUUCUGAGUAUCCCAUGAGCUCUUCACAGAGCAACAAGGGGGUAGACGUGAACAAUGCAGUAGUGUGAGUCUGCAAGCCUUGGACCUGCUGGCCAGAGGGACACCUUGGUGGCAUAGAGGACAUGGGAAAGCAGGAGGACAUGAGCUGACACUGGGCUUGUCCAGGACUUCAUUGCCUUGCAGGCCUCGAGACUCCUGAAGGGGAGACCAUCCUCUUCCCGGGCUUGCCUCCAG